GACAUGAUGGCAAACUGGGUGGAAGCAAGACCUCUCCUCAUUCUUACUGUUUUAUUAGGGCAGUUUGUCUCAAUAAAAGCCCAGGAAGAAGGCGAGGAUGAAGGAUAUGGUGAAGAAAUAGCCUGCACUCAGAAUGGUCAGAUGUACUUAAACAGGGACAUUUGGAAACCUGCCCCUUGCCAAAUCUGUGUGUGUGACAAUGGAGCCAUCCUUUGUGACAAGAUACAGUGCCAGGAUGUACUUGAAUGUGCUGACCCUGUAACUCCCCCUGGAGAAUGCUGUCCUGUCUGUCCACACACAACUGGAGGUGGCAAUACCAAUUUUGGUAGAGGAAGAAAGGGACAAAAAGGAGAACCAGGAUUAGUGCCUGUUGUAACAGGCAUACGUGGUCGUCCAGGACCAGCAGGGCCUCCAGGAUCACAAGGACCAAGAGGAGAGAGAGGCCCAAAAGGAAAACCUGGUCCUCGUGGUCCUCAGGGAAUUGAUGGAGAACCAGGUGUUCCUGGUCAACCUGGUGCCCCUGGGCCUCCUGGACAUCCAUCCCACCCAGGACCUGAUGGCAUGAGCAGGCCAUUUUCAGCUCAGAUGGCUGGAUUGGAUGAAAAAUCUGGACUUGGGAGUCAAGUAGGACUGAUGCCUGGAUCUGUGGGUCCUGUUGGCCCAAGGGGACCUCAAGGCUUACAAGGGCAGCAAGGUGGUGUUGGCCCUACAGGACCUCCUGGCGAACCUGGUGAACCUGGACCAAUGGGCCCAAUAGGUGCGCGUGGACCAGAGGGCCCUCCUGGAAAACCUGGUGAAGAUGGUGAACCUGGUAGAAAUGGAAACCCUGGUGAAGUGGGAUUUGCAGGAUCUCCAGGAGCUCGAGGAUUUCCUGGGGCUCCUGGUCUUCCAGGCCUGAAGGGUCACCGAGGACACAAAGGUCUUGAAGGCCCUAAAGGUGAAGUUGGAGCACCUGGUUCCAAGGGUGAAGCUGGCCCUACUGGUCCAAUGGGUGCCAUGGGUCCUAUGGGUCCAAGGGGAAUGCCAGGAGAAAGAGGGAGGCUUGGGCCACAGGGUGCUCCUGGACAACGAGGUACACAUGGUAUGCCUGGAAAACCUGGGCCAAUGGGUCCUCUUGGGAUCCCUGGAUCUUCCGGUUUUCCAGGAAAUCCUGGAAUGAAGGGAGAAGCGGGUCCCACUGGGGCAAGAGGCCCUGAAGGUCCCCAGGGACAAAGAGGUGAAACUGGGCCACCAGGUCCAGUGGGCUCUCAAGGUCUUCCCGGUGCAGUAGGAACUGAUGGUACACCUGGUGCCAAAGGCCCAACGGGCUCUCCAGGUACCUCUGGUCCUCCUGGCUUAGCAGGGCCCCCUGGAUCUCCAGGACCUCAGGGUAGCACAGGACCUCCAGGAAUUCGAGGCCAACCGGGUGAUCCAGGAGUUCCAGGUUUCAAAGGAGAAGCUGGCCCUAAAGGGGAACCAGGGCCACAUGGUAUUCAGGGUCCAAUAGGUCCACCUGGUGAAGAAGGCAAAAGAGGUCCCCGAGGUGAUCCAGGAACAGUUGGUCCUCCAGGCCCAAUGGGAGAAAGGGGUGCUCCUGGCAAUCGUGGUUUUCCAGGCUCUGAUGGUUUACCUGGACCAAAGGGGGCUCAAGGAGAGAGGGGUCCUGUAGGUUCUUCAGGACCUAAAGGAGGGCAGGGGGACCCAGGACGUCCAGGUGAACCUGGCCUUCCAGGUGCUCGGGGUCUGACAGGAAAUCCUGGCGUUCAAGGUCCUGAAGGAAAGCUUGGGCCUUUGGGUGCUCCGGGGGAGGAUGGCCGGCCAGGUCCUCCAGGCUCCAUAGGAAUCAGAGGGCAGCCCGGGAGUAUGGGUCUUCCAGGCCCCAAAGGUAGCAGUGGUGACCCUGGAAAACCUGGAGAAGCAGGAAAUGCUGGUGUUCCUGGGCAGAGGGGAGCUCCUGGAAAAGAUGGUGAAGUUGGUCCUUCUGGUCCUGUGGGCCCCCCGGGUCUAGCUGGGGAGAGAGGAGAACAGGGACCCCCAGGACCCACUGGCUUUCAGGGGCUUCCUGGUCCUCCAGGGCCUCCUGGGGAAGGUGGAAAGCCAGGUGAUCAGGGUGUUCCUGGAGAUCCUGGAGCAGUUGGCCCAUUAGGACCUAGAGGAGAACGCGGAAAUCCAGGGGAAAGAGGAGAACCAGGAAUAACCGGACUCCCUGGUGAGAAGGGAAUGGCUGGAGGACAUGGCCCUGAUGGCCCAAAAGGCAGUCCAGGACCAUCUGGGACCCCUGGAGAUACAGGCCCACCAGGUCUUCAAGGUAUGCCAGGAGAAAGAGGAAUCGCAGGAACUCCUGGCCCCAAGGGUGACAGGGGUGGCAUAGGAGAGAAGGGUGCUGAAGGCACAGCUGGAAAUGACGGAGCAAGAGGUCUUCCAGGUCCCUUGGGCCCUCCAGGUCCUGCAGGUCCCACUGGAGAAAAGGGUGAACCUGGCCCUCGAGGUUUAGUUGGGCCUCCCGGCUCCCGUGGCAAUCCUGGUUCUCGUGGUGAAAAUGGCCCAACUGGGGCUGUUGGUUUUGCUGGACCUCAGGGUCCUGAUGGGCAGCCUGGAGUAAAAGGUGAACCUGGAGAGCCAGGGCAGAAAGGAGAUGCCGGCUCACCUGGACCACAAGGUCUAGCAGGAUCCCCAGGCCCUCAUGGUCCUAAUGGUGUUCCUGGACUAAAAGGUGGUCGAGGAACUCAGGGUCCACCUGGUGCUACAGGGUUUCCUGGUUCUGCCGGCAGAGUUGGACCUCCAGGCCCUCCUGGAGCUCCAGGACCUGCAGGGCCCUUAGGGGAACCUGGGAAGGAGGGACCCCCAGGUCUUCGUGGAGACCCCGGCUCUCAUGGGCGAGUGGGAGAUCGAGGACCAGCAGGUCCCCCUGGUGGCCCAGGAGACAAAGGGGAUCCAGGAGAAGAUGGGCAACCUGGUCCGGAUGGUCCCCCUGGUCCAGCCGGAACUACUGGGCAAAGAGGAAUUGUCGGAAUGCCAGGGCAGCGUGGAGAGCGAGGCAUGCCUGGCCUGCCAGGCCCAGCGGGCACACCAGGAAAAGUAGGACCUACUGGUGCACCCGGAGAUAAAGGUCCACCUGGACCUGUGGGACCCCCAGGCUCAAAUGGCCCCGUAGGGGAACCUGGACCAGAAGGUCCAGCUGGUAAUGAUGGCACUCCGGGACGGGAUGGUGCUGUUGGAGAACGUGGUGAUCGUGGAGACCCUGGGCCUGCAGGUCUGCCAGGCUCUCAGGGUGCCCCUGGAACUCCUGGUCCUGUCGGUGCUCCAGGAGAUGCAGGACAAAGAGGAGAUCCGGGUUCUCGGGGUCCUAUAGGACCACCUGGUCGAACUGGAAAACGUGGUUUACUUGGACCUCAAGGACCUCGAGGUGACAAAGGUGAUCAUGGAGACCGAGGUGACCGAGGUCAGAAGGGUCACAGAGGUUUCACUGGUCUUCAAGGUCUUCCUGGACCUCCCGGUCCAAAUGGUGAACAAGGCAGUGCUGGAAUUCCUGGACCAUUUGGCCCUAGAGGUCCUCCAGGCCCAGUUGGUCCUUCAGGUAAAGAAGGAAACCCUGGGCCACUGGGGCCUAUAGGGCCUCCUGGUGUGCGGGGCAGUGUCGGAGAAGCAGGACCUGAGGGUCCUCCUGGUGAGCCUGGUCCACCUGGUCCCCCGGGUCCCCCCGGCCACCUUACCGCUGCUCUUGGGGAUAUCAUGGGUCACUACGAUGAGAGCAUGCCAGAUCCACUUCCAGAGUUUACUGAAGAUCAGGCGGCUCCUGAUGACAAAAACAAAACUGACCCAGGGGUCCAUGCUACCCUGAAGUCACUCAGUAGUCAGAUUGAAACUAUGCGCAGCCCUGAUGGCUCUAAAAAGCAUCCAGCCCGGACUUGUGAUGAUUUAAAGCUUUGCCAUUCUGCAAAGCAGAGCGGCGAGUACUGGAUUGAUCCUAACCAGGGAUCUGCUGAAGAUGCAAUCAAAGUUUACUGCAACAUGGAAACAGGAGAAACAUGUAUUUCAGCAAACCCAUCCAGUGUGCCUCGUAAAACCUGGUGGGCCAGCAAAUCUUCUGACCAUAAGCCUAUUUGGUAUGGUCUUGAUAUGAAUAGAGGAUCUCAGUUUGUUUAUGGAGACCAUCGGUCACCUAAUGCAGCCAUUACUCAAAUGACCUUCUUGCGCCUUUUAUCAAAAGAAGCUUCCCAGAACAUUACUUACAUCUGUAAAAACAGUGUAGGAUACAUGGAUGAUCAAGCCAAAAACCUCAAGAAAGCUGUGGUUCUCAAAGGGUCAAAUGACUUGGAAAUCAAAGCAGAGGGAAAUGUUAGAUUCAGAUACAUAGUUCUUCAAGAUACUUGCUCUAAACGAAAUGGAAAUGUGGGCAAGACCAUCUUUGAAUAUAGAACACAGAAUGUGGCACGCUUGCCCAUCAUAGAUCUUGCCCCUGUGGAUGUUGGCAGCACAGACCAAGAAUUUGGCAUUGAAAUUGGGCCAGUUUGUUUUGUGUAA